AUGCGCAUUGAUUGUCGGCAGGAGGUGCUUACCGUUGACACACGCACAUCUAUCUAUCUAUCUAUCUAUCUAUCUAUCUAUCUAUCUAUCUAUCUAUCUAUCUCAGCCUGUUCACAUGUAUCAUCUAUCUCAGUCUGUUUAUAUCUAUCUAUCUAUCUAUCUAUCUAUCUAUCUAUCUAUCUAUCUAUCUAUCUAUCAGUCUGUUCUAUCUCAGUCUGUCCUAUCUAUCUAUCUAUCUAUGGCACUCUAUUUAUAUUUAUCUCCCUGAACUUACUCUGGCCUGCUUUCUUAAAACUACGCCUAAAGUCUUCCUCGCAAUGUCAAUAUUUAUCACUGCCAACACUACCCAUCUAUAAUAACCUGGUUCUCCACAAACCUGGUCGAUUAGAAUUUAGCAAACCAAGUUACGUAGUGAAAGAAAGCCUACCAAAUGCCCGCCUAACUGUAAAUCGAAUCAAUGGAGCAGAUGGCAAAAUUUCGGUAACAUGGGUGACCAACCCGAUGACUGCCCGGGACGGAGUUGACUAUAUUGGCGGUUCUGGUUCGCUGACCUUUGCCCACGGCGAGACAAGCAAAGACAUUGAUAUCCAGCUAUUAGGAAAGAAUACCAACAGUGACUUGAAUUUCCAGGUCGAAUUGACUGAUCCAACUGGAGGCUCAGAAAUUGGACGAACUAACAAGACAAUUAUCACGUUAGUUAGUGAUGAAGAAUUUAAUAGCAUGGUCAGUCGAAUUGCCAACUUAACCAAACAAAAUUUAGACUCGCUAAAACUGGAGAGCGCCACCUGGGGCGGACAAUUCAAACAAGCCAUGAAUGUUAAUGGCGGCGACAUAGAAAAUGCCACCAACUUGGAUUACGUCAUGCAUUUUCUGACCUUCUUCUGGAAGUCUAGGAAUUAUCUAUCUCAGUCAGUUCUAUCUAUCUAUCUAUCUAUCUAUCUAUCUAUCUAUCUAUCUAUCUAUGUCAUUUAUCUAUCUAUCUACUCUAAGAAUUAUCUAUCUAUCUAUCUAUCUAUCUAUCUAUGUCAGUUUAUUCAUAUCUAUCUACGUCUGCUUUUAUGUAUCCAUUUUAGUCUAAGAAUUAUCUAUCUAUCUAUCUAUCUAUCUAUCUAUCUAUCUAUCUAUCUAUCUAUCUAUCUAUCUAUCUAUCUAUAUCUACUCUGUUUUUAUGUAUCCAAUUAUCUAUCUAUCUAUCUAUCUAUCUAUCUAUCUAUUUAUCUAUCUAUCUAUCUAUAUCUAUCUAUCUAUCUAUCUAUCUAUCUAUCUAUCUAUCUAUCUAUCUAUCUAUCUGUUUCAUUUCAUCCACUGAUCUAUGUUUAUCACUUUAAUCUAUUUAUUAAGCAAACGAAUAAUUUCUUUCUUUUUCUUUCUUUCUUUCUUUCUUUCUUUCUUUCUUUCUUUCUUUCUAAUCAGUCAACCAAUCAAUCACUCAAUCAGUUUUUCUUUCUCUUCCCGCAGAUCCUAUUCGCCCUCGUCCCACCGCCAUCUUUGCUCGGCGGGUGGCCGACCUUCGUCUUCUCUUUAAUCAUGAUUGGGAUAAUCACAGCAAUCGUCGGCGACUUGGCAUCCAUUUUCGGUUGCCUUAUCAAUAUGGACAAAAGCAUCACUGCCAUCACCCUGGUGGCCCUGGGCACCAGUAUGCCGGACACUUUCGCCAGUCGUCAAGCAGCCUUGCAAGAGAAAUUUGCCGAUAGUGCAAUUGGUAAUGUCAACGGUAGCAACGCAGUGAAUGUCUUUCUCGGACUCGGUCUACCUUGGUCAAUGUGUCUGUCUUUUAUUCUUCUCUUUCUUAAAACAUCAAUUUCUUUCUCCCUCCCUCUACCUCUCUUUAUAUUCUUCUCUGUUUUAAAAUUUCAAUCACACUCUCUGACUUUUCUUCAAUCGAUUUUACCCCUUUUAAUCCUAUUUGCUUUUUCGUCACACACUUUCUUUCUUUACUUUGAGUCUCAAUUCUUCUUUUUUUUUCUAUUUCUUCUCUUUUUAUUUAUCUCUUUCACACUUUUCCUACUUUGCUUCUCACUUCUUUUUCUUCUCUUUUUUUUAUCAACUUCUCCCUUUCUCUACUUCACUACUCUAUUCCUAUAUAUUUUUUAUCACCUUCUCUCUUUCUCUAUAUCGAUUAUCACUCCCUCUUUCUUUUCUCUUCUCUUUUCAUCUACUUCCCUCUUUCUUUACUUUCAUUCUUACUUCCUCUUCUUUUUUUUCUCUUUUAUAUCUUCUACCUUUCUCGCCUUCGGUUUUCACUUCUACUUUCUUUUUUUUUUCUCUUUUUAUCUCUUUCUUUCUCUACUUCAGUUCUCACUCCCUCUUUCUUUUCUCUUCUCAUUUUUAUCUCCCCCUCUCUUUCUCUACUUUGAUUCUCACUUUUUUCUUCUCUUUCUUUUCCUCCGAUUCUCACUUCCACUUUGUUUUUUCCUUUUCUUUUUAUCACCUUCUCUCUUUCUCUAUUUCGAUUCUUACACUCUCUUUCUUUUUCUUUUCUUUUUUUAUCACCUUCUCUAUUUUGAUUCUCACUUCUUUUUCUUUUUAACACCUUCUCUCUUUGUCUACUUCGAUUCUCGCUUCCACUUUCUUUUUUCUUCUCUUUUUAUUUCGUCUCUCCUUCUCUACUUAUCCCCGACCUUCCUUUAA